AUGCCCACCUUCCCCAACGGCGAUAGCCUCCUAUCCCCUCGUCCCGCAGCCCCCGCCUCGGCACCGACUCGUCGGUCCAGCAUAACGGCCAAACCCUCCACCUCCGCGAUAGAUAUUCGCCAUGCCACCACUCCCGCCGAGGUGCGCGCCGCCCUCGCCGCCCUCCACGAGCGCGAGGCCGCAAUAACGACCCGCCUCGACAGCUUGCUCUCGUCCCAGGUCGACCUGGGCCGGGAUCUCGCCCGGCUCGACAUACUGAGGGCGAGCCUCGGGUCCCAGGUCAUCGCGACGAGGGCCAUCAGCGCCGAUAUGUUGUCCGGCGCUUCGGACACGGCGGGCAGGCUCAGCGACAAGGUCAAGGAGCUAGACCUCGAGAAGAGCCGGGUGGAGGACACGCUCGGCGUGGUGGAGCAGGUGGCGGAGCUCAAGGCGUGCAUAAACGGCGUGGUAGGGUCUAUGGGCGCCCCGCAGGACUGGGAGGCCGCGGCCGGGUACAUUGCGCGCGUGAGCAAGGUGCCCGAGGAUAUCGUCCGGGGCCGGUUUGCCGCGGGGAUCGUGCCGAGCGUGGAGGUGCCCGACCAGCCGUGGGUGACGCUGGAGAACGCCAAGGAGAGCCUGUGCAGCCUGUUCCUGCGCGAGUUUGAAAAGGCGACGAGCGAGGGGGACAACGCCAAGGUCACUAGGUUCUUCAAGCUGUUUCCCCUGAUUGGCAGGGGCGACGUGGGCUUGGACGUGUACGGGCGCUACGUGUGCCAGGGCGUGGCCAGUUCCGCCAGGGCGACGCUCAAGACGGCGCCCGCAGGCCGCAAGGACGGCUACUUUUACGCCAACGCGCUGACCAAGCUCUUUGAGCACAUUGCGCAGAUUGUCGAGGGCCACGGCAGCCUCGUCGAGAGGCACUACGGGGAGGGCAAGAUGGUCAAGGUCGUGGAGAGGCUGCAAAUGGAGGCCGACGUCCAGGGCGGCAUCAUCCUCGACUCGUGGAGCGACGAGCGGAACGUGGAGCGCCGCAUGACGGACGUCAAGAGUUACCCCUUUUCCUUUCUCGUCCAGAGCUUCCUGCCGCAGCAGAGGGUGACGGGCACGGCGCGCGUCAACUCGCCGGCCUUGGGCGGCGGGUCCACGAAUGUGCGCAACAGCGAGGACGAGGGGGUGGACAUGAAGGAGGUGGACGCUAUCCUUAAUGAGAUAUCGGUCAUGCUGAGCCGGUGGUCCCUCUUUACGCGCUUCAUCUCUGGGAAAUGCAAGGUGGCAUCAAAGUUGAUGAGCCCGUACAAUGCCAUGAGCUUGUUUUUCUUCCGCCGAUCUGUUGAAAAAGCGUUCCAGCUAGACGAGUACCCGAGCGGGCUUUCGCUCAGCCUUACCAAACCUAUCGAAGCUAGCCCACCGUACAUCAUCCUCGCGGUUGACGACGUCGUCUUCAUCGUCAACGCCGUGAUCCAAAAGUCCCUCGCAACGAGCCAGAGGGAGGUGAUCUCGUCCGUGGUCUCGACGAUAGGGCGGGUCAUGAGCGUGGACUUUAUUGGCAUGGUACAGCGCAAGAUGCGCGACGAGUCGUACCCCGUGCGCUCCUUGGACAUGGCGAACGAGUACCUCGAGCGCAUCAUCCAGGUCAACCUCGGAGUGUCGUCGGAGCAGCCGAACGGGGUCGCUCCCAGCUCCGCUAUCAGGGAUGCGUUUCCCAACGACCGCGACGCAGGACUGGUGGCGGCGACGCUUUCCACCCUCCUAGUCGCGUUUACAUCCAAGACCACGGAGCUCCUCAACGAGGGCCUCCAAGUACUGUUCCACAACGUGGUCAAGCUCCGCCUGAGACCCGUCAUCUCGGACACAUUCCGAGAUAUCGACUAUUCGCUUACGGAGGAGGAGACGGCAGAGGCAGCCCAACUGCUAGACGAGGACGAGGCGUCGUUCCACGACUUGGUAGCGGGGCGCUUCGAGCGCGGAUGGGACCAACUCAUGCGGCCGAUCUCGCGGCUCUUGACGGCCAAGACGUACGCCACGCUACUUGACACCACGGCGCGGAACCUCUCGCGGCAGCUGGAGAAGAGGCUAUGGGGCUACGCGGGCCGGACGAGCGCGUUCGGGGCGGUGAGGAUGGAGAGGGACUUUUCAGGCGUGGUGAGCGCCGUGGCCAAGGGCAACUACGCGACGAGGGAGGUGUUUGCCAGGGUCACCCAGAUGCUCAUGGUGGUAAACAUGGAGGACGACGAGUGGGAGGAGGUCGUCCGAAGCAGCGACGCGGCGGCCAGAGGCGCGGGAGUCGGGGACGAGGAGGACAACGAGGAUGGCAUAUUGUGGGUAUUGACAGAGGAAGAAAGGACGAGGGCGCGGGCACUGGUGAGGUAG